AUGAGCGAAGAGAAAUCGCACAAGAUCAGCAUAAUUGACAUACUAAACAAGAAGCCACAGCUUGCCGAAAAGACACCCUUAGACGAUUUCUUCGAAGAUCUAGAUGAUAAUUUAAUAACUCCCAUAAACAACUUUGAGUUUGACUCGGCGUCUCGCACUUCGGUUUAUCAAGCCUUAGAGUGUUCAGACAACAAUGAGUUUGUCGUCAUACUAUUACAAUACUUCAAAGAUUUGCACAUUCAAGUACUUGGCCAGCAAAAGACGCUUAUCCAAAACAAAAGUGAUCUGUUGCCUAUCUCAUUGCAUGACAUGAAGUAUGUUGACGAACUGAUUAACUUACUGAUCCUUCACGGUAUCGACGCUAAUUUGUCUCCAAUGAUAAAAAUUCCCUUUGAUUCGAAAAGGCUGAAUGCCUUCAGAAAGGGCGAGAAGAGUACGCAGUAUGAAACACCUACAUCGCAUAAUAUAAACAGCGGUACGUUAUCUUUAGUAGUAACUGCCUUUUAUGAUAUUCUUACUGAUGAAAUGUCUUCGGAUUAUUUGAAAAACAUAAUCUUAAAGGGCAAUGCGUAUGCGAACAUCUUCUUAGGUUUGUUAUCACUACAUUUGCAACAGCCCAACCACUUCUCAUUGCAGAUGGUAACAAAACUGGAAAAUGCUCAAGAAACGUAUACGUUGUUUGGAAUGUAUACUUUACUGGUUGAAACAAUUCAAGACGCAAAGGUAAGGGAAUUAAUACUACUAAAGCUAACUACUUUAUCCUUACGAAGACCAGAAAACGGUCUCAUCAGUUUGGUUGAUUUUAUCUUGGGCGUAAGAGACGUUGAGGAUAUUGAUGUUGAGAAGUUCAAUCGUGUUUAUCAGAUUUUGAUGAGCAAACCGAAAACAAUGACGAAUUUGCAAUACUUGACUGAACUGUUCAGACAAAUAUACGAUUGCCUCACUUUUGUAAAUAGACCCAUCCUCGUUACCUGUUUGAACGGAUUGAUCCUAAAAUUUUACAUGAGGAAUAAAAGAAUUGUCCACGAUUUUCUAUUUCAAAAGAUCAAUUCUGUCAUUUACAAUUGCCCGUUACUCGACCAUUCGGCAAAGGAACUGAACAACACCAUGAACGUGCUUAUAUCGCUGUCUAAAAACUCAUCCGUUGAUUUACUGAAUGAUUUAGUUACCAUUCAUCCCGAUGCAAAUGGUGCCUCUGGUCAAUUUUUCUUGAAUUUAUGGAUAUAUUCCCUUUUUUUGAAGAAAAACCAAAACCUCAACCCACUAAAUAUUAAUGAACUGUCUAUAUCGAACGAUAAAAAUCCAAAUAGUGGGCAUUCGCCGGAGGAACCCUUUUCCAAUUAUUAUCAGGUCGUACUAUCACUGUUAAAAUCUCUGGUAAUCGUAACAGAAAACUAUCAAAUUCUAAAUAUAUUGAGCCUUAACUUGGUCAAUUUCGAGCACGAGAAAUGGAAGUUUUUAAUUGAUCUAGACACACAGCUGCCUUAUAUAUCAGUUAAAGGCCCCAAUACAGUAGAGUUGCUCUCCAACAAUGUAUCGAAAAGUACAGAGAUAUCUCAAUUCUUCCACGACAUGGACCUUGCAGUGGAUUUGUUUAUGGAAUUUUUGGUAUUACUAAACGAUGAAGAGCAACUAAAAAAUCUCUUUUUGGAAAUUUUGAAAAGGUGGGUUCACCAUACUAAGGAAAUUGGGGAAAAAUCUUCACACGAUUUAGACAGCAUAUCAGACGUGGCAGACAAUGCGCUUAUACUAAUGGACUUGAAGCUUCUGGAACGCAUGAACGAUCAGUUCAAAUCAAACAUUGUGAACAAGGCUAAUGAUGUACUUAUCGUUAUUGAUCAAUUGAUUGAUAUUGUUCAAGGAAAGCACGAACCGCAAGAGAAAGAAGUUGAUUCAGAUGAUGACGAAGAAGAGGAAGUGACGGAAGAGGUAGACCUAACUGAAAAUUCCGCUGUCAAAAUUAUCUUACAAUUAUUGUCCACUGUCCUUUCAGAAUCGUCUAGUAGUACGUUAUUUCAAAACAGCCAUACAUUAAAAUCCAUUUCCAGAAAAUUGCAAUCUCUCAAUCCAAAAGUCCCAGAGGCAAAUACACUGUUAGUAUUGAUGGAUAGAAUUCUGGUUAACAAGCACACAACAGAAGCUGAUGGCGAUACAGAAACCGACAUAGAUAUGGACACUCUUGAUAGAGCGAUGACUAAUUUGAACGAUCCUUUAAUUCCGAUCAAAUCACACGGGUUAAUAAAACUACGAAAUCUAGUUGAAAAGAAAUCUAAAGUGAUCACUGUGAAGAAAGUGCUGCAAAUACAUCUAGACUAUUUAAAGAACUCAGACCCCUUUAUUUAUCUCAACGUCAUUAAAGGGCUUACUGCAUUGUGCGAAUUAGACCCUGAAACUACCAUACCUCCCCUUGUUGAUUUUUAUGCAAAUAAGAGGAACAAAAACAAAUUGGACAACGUGUUAAAAGUUGGCGAAGUUUUCAUCAACUACAUCCGAUGUCAAAACCAACUGUUUCAAGGGAAAUUUGCUUAUUUGAUUAUAGAUAUCUGUCUCGAUAUCGUGAGGCCCAAUGAUAAAACGCCGUUGGACAAUAGAUGGCGUAUGUCAUCCAUGUCAAUCUUAGGUAUGUGCCUUCAAGUUAAUGCGAAGGGCCUUCCAGAUCGAAUUCAUGAUAUGCUAGAUUGUGCAUUCGGAAUAUUACAAUUAGAACGGCCACAUAAUCAUCCUGAGGGCAAAGAUGAUUCUUUCCUGAUGAGAAGAAGUGCUGUACACUUGAUACACGACCUGUUGUACAGUACGGGACUCGACAUGCUCCCCCGUGAAUACAGUUACGACAAGUUGAAAACACUGUUAUCUUACGUGCAUGAUCAAGAUGAAGAUUACUUGGUCUGCGAACAAGUCAGCAAGCUCUUAACAGUACUAAAUGAACUGUUCACAAGUUCUCUACACGUUUAA